AUGGUGUUGGAUCUGCUGGAGCGGCCGCUGGCUGAUGAGGAGAUAGAGGAGCUGCGGGAGGCGUUUUCUGAAUUUGAUAAGGAUAAGGAUGGUCUGAUCAGCUGUAAAGAUCUAGGCAACCUGAUGCGGACAAUGGGUUACAUGCCCACUGAGAUGGAAUUGAUUGAACUUAGCCAAAACAUCAACAUGAACCUUGGAGGACGAGUAGAUUUUCAGGAUUUUGUUGACCUCAUGGCUCCAAAGCUUUUGGCAGAAACUGCUGGAAUGAUUGGACUCAAGGAGCUGAAGGAAGCAUUUAGAGAGUUUGAUAUGGAUGGAGACGGCUCUAUCACCAUUGAAGAACUGAGACAUGCAAUGCAAAAGUUGUUGGGUGAAAGUACAAACAGGAAGGAAAUAGAAGCCGUUGUCCGAGAAGCCGACAAAAAUGGAGACGGAACCGUUGAUUUUGAAGAGUUUGUCAAAAUGAUGUCUAAAAAUUGAGAGCACACCUCAGAAGUUGAAGGUGUACAGCAAAGAAGAAAACAUAAAUGCCAGCAUCAGACUAUUGAUAAACUCUAAAAUAACAGAUGUAUAUGGAAAC